AUCAUCUCUGUUGCUCGUGGAUGACAGUGAAGGAACUGCGCAUGCGCACAUCGUCACCUGAUAGACGAUCUUUGGUUUAGCAAAAUGGCGUCUGAAGACGUGCUGGCUUCUCUGGGGGUGGAGGGAGCCUCAGCAGCCGCGCAUGCGCUGUCUCUCCCUGCAGACGCAUACGGAAAUGACCCGCGGCUGGAGGUCAUGUGGGCAAUGAAGGCCUACAACCACGCAGAGGUGUACUUCAAUCUCAUCUCCUCGGUGGAUCCACAGUUCCUGAAGCUGACAAAGCUGGACAAUGAGAUCUACUUGAGCUUCAGAGAGACCUUCAGAGACCUGGACCUGAAGCUGCUGAGGGCCGAGGACCUCAAAUCGGACCAGGCCAAAGAGACCUGGCGUUCGUUCUGUAAUAAGUUUGAAGGACUCAUCGAGGACUUCAACUACGGCACUCUGCUUCGUCUGGACUGUGAGAAAGAUUACACAGAGGAGAAUACCAUAUUUGCCACAAGGACUCAGUUCUUUGCUGUUGAAAUUGCCCGAAACAGAGAAGGCUUCAACAACGCGGUGUUCCUGUCCAAGGGCUCGAAAGGAACCGGUUACCGGCCCACCCAGUGACCGGCCCACCCAGUGACCGGCCCGUCCCACCACUGCUUUCAUCUUCAUUGUGUUUACUGUAAAGUUGUAUUGUUUUUUUAACGAAGUUGCCUCCAAACGUGGAAACCAAAAAUAAAGUCUGAAUCUUGGUUAUUAUGUUA